GCAGCACGUUGCACGACAGACCCGCGCACAAGCCCGCUGAGCAAGAUGGCUCUUCGUGCUGUGACUCGCCAGCUCCUGGCAACGUCAAUCGCGCACACGGCUCUGCGCCGGUCCCUGAACACAACGCGUCUCCUCCCGGCUGGACACAGCAAGUGGGCUAACAUCAAGCACCAAAAGGCGCGCCAAGACAAGUCUCGCUCAAUCCUCUUUGCCCGGUUGCACCGAGACAUUGUGAUUGCCAUCAAGGGCAAUGGUGGAAAUGCAAAUCCAGAGAGUAACCUCCGUCUCAAAACCGCGCUAGCGGCUGCCCGCAAUGCUGACAUGCCCAAGGACAAGAUUGAAGGCGCACUGCGAGUAGGCAAGGGUGAGGGCGUGCAGGCACAGGUCUUUACCUUUGAGUGUCGUGGACCAGGCGGAACGCUCAUGAUUGUUGAAGCCGAAGCUGAGCGUCGUGAGCACAUUGUUCCUGAGCUCAAUAAGUGGUGCCAAAGGUUUGAGGCCGAGGUCUGUGACGUGAACACGGCGCAAUGGGCAUUUGAUAAGCGCGGUCGCGUCGUCGUCAGCAAGGCUGAUAUCUGGGCCAAGAACCCGGACUUGCAAGAAAACUUUGACCCUGAGGAGUUUGCCCUCAACUUUGAUAAUGUGGAGGAGGCUGAUGAAGAUGAUGAUGAAGUCUUUCUGUUUUGU